AUGAAGUACGUUAUUGUCUCUGGAAGUGUUAUUUCUGGAAUUGGAAAAGGUAUAGUGGGCAGCAGCAUUGGAGUGCUGCUAAAGUCAAGAGGAUAUGCAGUGACACACUUUAAGAUAGACCCAUACCUGAAUUACAAUGCAAGAAUGCUUGCGCCUUCUGAACACGGGGAGGUCUAUGUUCUUGAUGACGGACACGAAUGCGACAUGGACUUUGGAAAUUACGAAAGAUUCAGUAUGGUAAAGCUUUCUGUUAUUAACAGUGUAUCUGGAGGAAGGCUGUUACAUGAUAUAAUAAAAAGUGAAAAAGAAGGAAACUUUUUUGGAAAGACCCUACAGAUCAAUCCUCAUGUGAUAGAUGAUGUGAUCCGAAGAAUCAAAGUUGUUGGUGAGACACCCGUGGAGUCCUUCGAGGAUGGCCACACUGCAGUCCCAGACGUCGUGAUCAUCGAGCUCGGGGGAACGGUGGGCGAGUACGAGUCCUCGAUAUACACGGAUGCACUUGCAAAGUUCCAGCAUGACGUCGGGCGGGACAACUGUGCAUUUGUGUCUGUGGACUACCUCACCGAGCUGGAAAGUGGGGAGCAGAAGACAAAGAGCAUCCAGAUGGGGUGCAGGAACUUCAGGAUGUUUGGGCUGAGCCACGACAUCAUUGUGUGCAGAGGAGUGAGGGAGGCGUCUGAGGAGACGCGCCGGAAGAUAUCGAAGAACUGCUGGGUUGCGCUUUCGAAUGUGAUAGGGCUUCCGAACCUGGACUCUGUGUAUGCUGUGCCUUCUUUUCUUGAGUCCCGUGGGAUUGUGGACUCUCUGUACAGGGUUCUCGGGCUCUGCGAUAAGAAGAUCGACCGGGGAGUUCUUGAGAUGUUUGGGCGUCUCUGUGUGAAGCACGGGAGGAGUGUAAGGAUUGGGAUAGUUGGGAAGUAUGGGCCGCAGUUUGAUAGCUACACGUCUCUUGUGCAUGGACUGAAGUUUUCUGGUGCCCGUGUGGGGGUUGAUGUUGAGAUAGAGUGGGUGAAUGCCGAGGAGUACGACGAGUCUGGCCUGUCUCGGUGCGACGGGAUCAUCAUACCUGGAGGGUUUGGUGCACGUGGGAUUGAGGGGAAGAUCAAGGCGAUACGGUAUGCAAGGGAGCGGGAUAUUCCACUUCUUGGGAUCUGUCUUGGAUACCAGCUGUGUGUGAUUGAGAUGUGCAGGAAUGUGCUUGGGAUGAAGGAUGCGUUUUCCGAGGAGUUUGAGGCUAACGGGAAGGAUCUUGUUGUGAGGUUUAUCAGCGACGAGAACGGGGUGGUUGAUAAGAAGCUGCGUGUUGGCGGAAGCAUGAUUGAGCUCAGUGACGGGCUUGUGAAGAGUCUGUAUGGAGGGAAGGAGACUAUCCGGGAGAGGCAUAGACACCGGUUUGAGGUUGUGUGGGAGAAGGUGAAGGAUCUGAGGGCGCACGGGCUGAAGUUUGUUGGGUUCAGCAACGGGGGAAAGGCCACGAAGAUCUUUGAGCUUUCGACACACAAGUUCUUUGUUGGAGUGCAGUUCCACCCUGAGUUUAUUGCAAGGCCCAACCAGCCCCAUCCACUGAUAACAGGACUGGUAUCUGCAUCUUGCCAAAGGUCAAAAUAA